AUGAUAACUGCUGCCGCCGAAACUGCAGCAAGAACAACUAUUCUCACCGAAACUACUCCCACAAUCACUGGUGCAACAGCAGAGUCAAAUAUGACUGGUGCCACCGCAACUGCCGCAACCAUAUCUGGUAUCAUACAAACUACUGCCAUUAUCAGUAGUGUCGCAUUAACUGCCGCUACGAUCAGCGACGGCACCCAGACUGAUACAAGAAUGACUGGUGCGACCGGGUCUAAUGCGUCCAUGAGUCGUGCACCAGCUACUGCUGCAAUACUAACUGAUCUCACCGAAACUGCCGCAACAAUGGCUCUUGCAACAGCAGCUGCAAAUAUGACUGCUGCCACCGAAACCACUACAACAAUAACUAGUAACGCCGAAACUAGUGCCAGAGAACCUGCUCCGACAAAUAUCACUGGUGCCACAAGAACUGAUGCAACAGCAACUGUUCGAACGGUAACUGGUGCCACGCCAACUGCUGCAACAAUAACCGGUAUCACCGAAACUACUGCCACAAUCUCUGCUUCCGCAGGAAACGCUGCUUCAAUGACUUAUACCACCAGUGCUGCUACAAGAAUCAUUGAUAUCACAAGAACUGAUGCCGCAAUGAGUGGAGAAACAGCAACUGGUCCAACGAUAACUGGUACCAUCGCAACUGCUGCAACACUAACUGGCCUCGCCCAUACUGCCGCAACCGUGACUGGUGCACCAGCGGCUGCUGCAAAUAUGUCUGGUGCCACCGCAACUGCUGCAACGAUAACUGGUGUCCCCGAAACUGCGGCCACAAUCACUAGUGCAACAGCAACUGCCUCUGCAAUGACCGGUGCCGGCGCAGCUGCUACGAGAGUCGCUGGUGCGACAGAAACUGAUGCCUCAAUGAGUGGUGCAACGGUAACUGCUGCAACGAUAAUUGGUGCCUCCGUAAACGCUGCAACAGUAACUGGUAUCUCCGAAACUAAUCCGACAAUCACUGGUGCUACAGGAACUGCCGCUGGCACCACCGGUGCCACAGAAGCUGUUGGAAUAUGGUCUGGUGCAACAGCAACUGCGGCAAUGGUUGCUGGAAUUACGGAAACUGCCACGAGAAUUACUGGCAGGUCGAUAGCUGCUGCAAAUGUGACUGGUGCCAUCGCAACUGCCCGAACAAUUACUGGUAUCACGGAGGCUACUGUCACAAUCACGGGUGCGACAGGCACUACCGCUACAAUCACCCAUAACUCAGCAACUGCUACAAGUAACACUGGUGUCAAAGGAACUGUGGGAACGAUGACUAGCGGCAUCGGAAUUCCAGCAGCAAUCUCUGAUGGCACGGGAUCAGUUGCAACAAUGACCGUUGGAGUAGCAAGCUCUGGAGCGAUCACUGGUGCCUCGGAAUCUGCUACAGGAAUGAAUAGUGUAACGGAAACCUCCCCAACGCUGAGUGGUGCAACUGCAGUUGUUACGAUGUUGAGUGGCACUACAGGAAAGGCUGGAAUAGGAACUAGUGGCGCGGCAACUGUCGCAACUAUGAAUGGCGGAAGCUGGACUGCUCCGACAUUAACUGGGCUCGCCGAAAGUAGCACUUCAAUUAGUGUUGCAUCAGCAGCUGCUGCAACUAUGACUACGGCCGGUGCAACUGCUGGAUCAAUCGGUUCUGCCACGCAGCCCGCUGGAUCAAUGUCUGGUGCAACAGGAACUCCUGCCACAAUGGCUGGUGCCACUGCAACUCUUGGAACAAUAAGCAGUGUGACGGAUACUCCUGUCACCAUUGCUGGUGCGGCGGCAACUGAUACUGCAAUCACUGAUGCCAUAGGAACUUCUGCAACAGUGAGUGGUGCAACCGCAACAGCUCCUGCAGUAAGUGGUGGGACUGCAACUGCUGGAACGAUGAAUAAUCCCAUAGUCGCUGCUUUGACGAUGACCGGUGUCAGUGGAACUGCCGUAACCAUAACUAGUGUCCCGGAAGCUACUGCUACAGUCAGUGGCGCCACUGCACCUGGUGAAACAAUGGCUGGUGCCGUAGCAGGUGCGGCAACAAAAACUGGUGUUACCGUAACAGCUGCAACAAUAAGUGGUGCCGCCGCAACUGCUCCAACCGUGAUUGAUGCCUCGACCGCAAUUGCAACAGUGAUUUUUAUGACGGAGUCUACCGCAACCAUGAUGGGUGUCACCGCACCUGGUGCGACUAUUAGUGGUGACACAGCAAGUGCUGGAAUAGUAACUGGUGCCGCAGCAAGUCCUGUAAGAGUGGCUGAUAUCACCGGAACAACGGGAACGCUAACUGACAUCUCAGCAACUGCUGCACAAGUUUCUGGUGCCACGGCACCUGCUGCCACACUGACUGCUUCCACAGUCCUUUCAGUUACAAUCGCUGGUGGCACAGCAACUGCUGCCGCAAGCACUGCCUCUCCAUCGACUGCUCCAGCAUUGAUUGAUGCAACAGGAACCGUUGCAACAAUUAACGGUACCACCGCAACGGCUGGACCAUUCACUCUUCCCGUAGCAAGUGCUGUGACGAUGGCUUAUGUCACGCCAAAUACCAGCGCAGUAAGUGGUGCUAUCACAACUAGUACAGUAAUGCCUAGUGUCACCGCAACUGCUGCAACAAUAACUGGUGUAACUGGAACUGCCGCAGCAGUGAGUGCGGCAGCAACAACUGCUGCAACAAUGACUAGUGUCAGCGAAAUCGCUGCCACAAUCACUGCUGCCACAGGAGCUUCCGCAACACUGACUGGUGCCACCGAAACUGCAGCAACAGUUACUCGUGCGACCGCAAGUACUGCAACAAUAACUGGUCUUACCGAAGCUGUCGCAACAAUAACUGGUGCAACAGCAGCUGCGGCAACUAUGACUGCGGCCAGCGCAACUACUGCAACGGUAACUGGUGUCACCCAAACUACUGCCUCAAUGACUGGUGCCACACAAACUAAUGCAAAAAUGACUGGUGCAACAGCAACUGCUGCAACAAUAACUGGCGUCACGGCAACUGCUGCCACAAUGAGUGGCGCGGCCGCAACUGAUCCAACUAUGACUGGUGCCAGCGGAAUCGCCGUAACAAUGGCUGCUAUCACGGAAACUGCGGGAACAAUUGCUGGUGACGCUGGAACUGUUGGACAAAUAAGUGGUGCCACCGCAACUGCUGCACAAAUGUCGGGUGCCACGGCAGGUGCUGCAAUAAUCUCUGGCGUCACCGCAAGUGAUGCCAGAAUCAGCGGUGCCACUGCAGCCAUUGCAACUAUGAGUGGUAUCACCGAAACUGCCGCAACAGUAACUGGUGUCACCGCAACGGCGGCAAGAAUAACUGAUGUCAUCGCGACUACUGCAUCACUAAGCGGUGACACAGCAAGUGCUGCAAGAAUGACUGCUGCCACCGCAGCUGCUGUAACAAUGACUAAUGCCAGCGUAAGCGCGGCAGUAGUGGGUGGUUCCACAGUAACUGCUGGAACUAUGGCUGGUGCCGGUGCAGCUGCUGUCAUAAUAACUGGUUCCACGGCAGGUGGUGCUACAAUGACUGCUGCCACUGGAAGUUUUGGGACAAUCACUGGUGCCACCGCAACUGCUGCAACAAUCACUGGUGCCACAGCAACUGCUGGAACUAUGACUGGCGUCGGCGCAGCUGCUGCAACAAUGAAUACUGCCACGGCAAGUUUUGAAACAAUGACUGCUGUUGCAUCCACUGCUGGAGCAAUGGCUGGUGCAGCUACAUCUGUAGGAACGCUGACUGAUCUGACGUACGCUGCUGCAGCAAUGUCUAGGGCGACAGCCACUGCAGUAACAAUGACUACUGUGACAGCCACUGUUGUAACAAUGAGUGUCACAACUACAACUGCGGCAGCAGCAAUUGCAACAACAGGAACUGUUGGAACCGUAAGUGUUGUAGCAACAACGGUUUCAACAGGGACGACUAUCACGGCAGCUGGUGCGGCAUCCACUGUCGCAACAGGCGCAACCGCUUUGGCAACAAUGGGCACCAGUGUGGGAACAGUGACGACAUCGAGAAUGAUAACGACUGGUGCAACAACUAUAGGUAUUGUCUUUACUCGUAAAAAUGACUGA